AUGAAGUCUGCUCUCCUGUACCUACUCGCUCCCUUGACGGCAUUGGCCGCUCCCGCCGAGCUCGCCCAACGACAGGCCACCGACAGCAUCGACGAGCUGAUCAAGGCCAAGGGAAAGCUAUACUAUGGAACUUGCGCCGACCAGAACCGUCUGUCAACUGGGAAGUCCGCCGAUAUCAUUAAGGCGGACUUCGGCCAGGUGACUCCCGAGAACAGCAUGAAGUGGGAUGCUACCGAGUCCUCCGAAGGAAACUUCAACUUCGCCGGAGCUGAUUACCUGGUUGACUGGGCUACGACGAACAACAAGACGAUCCGUGGACACACUCUCUGCUGGCACUCCCAGCUUCCCGGAUGGGUCUCUAAUAUCAGGGACAAGACGAAGCUAACCUCGGUUCUCGAGAACCACGUCACUACCCUAGUGACCCGGUACAAGGGCAAGAUCUACGCAUGGGACGUCGUAAACGAAAUAUUCAACGAAGAUGGCUCUUUGCGCCAGUCUGUCUUCUCCCAGGUCCUAGGCGAGGACUUCGUCCGCAUUGCCUUCGAAGCCGCCCGCAAGGCCGACCCUGAUGCCAAGCUGUACAUUAACGACUACAACCUCGACCAGCCGAACUAUGCCAAACUCACCACGGGCAUGGUCGCCCACGUCAAGAAGUGGAUCGAGGCCGGCGUUCCCAUCGACGGCAUCGGGUCGCAAGCGCACUUGACGAGCGGCCUCGCCGCCCAAGCCGCCGCUUCCAUCAAAGCCCUAGCCGCCACCGGCGUCAGCGAGGUUGCCUUCACCGAAGUAGACAUCCAGACCGCUCCCGCCAACGACUACGCCCAAGUCACCACGGCCUGUCUCGACGAGCCUAAAUGUGUCGGUAUUACUGUCUGGGGUGUCCGGGAUCCCGACUCCUGGAGAGCUAGCACCAACCCAUUAUUGUUCGAUGGUAGCUUCAACCCCAAGCCCGCGUACACGGCGGUCGUGAACGCUCUGAAAUAA